AUGUGCGAUCAGCGGGUGUUUGGUUUUGGCAAUAACCACAGGGGAUGUCUUGGUUUAGGACAUAACAGUCCUAUACUAUUACCACAAAUAAUACCACAAUUAUGUCAUCAAAACAUACAAUACUUUGUUAAUGGAAGUUGUUUUGUGUUAGCAGUGAAUAAUAUGAAUAUAAUAUACGGUUUUGGUAGUAAUUAUGCCGGACAAAUAGCACGAAGUGAUCAUCUUGGAAAAGAAUGCCUUCAACCUGAAAUAAUAUCUUGUGGUACUGAACACACUCUGGCACUAAGUAGUGAUGGCCGGGUGUUUGCCUGGGGUUGGAAUAAUUGCGGACAAAUUGGUUGUGGAGAUAAUAAUGAAUAUAUUUGUACACCAAUUGAAAUACAAUUCAAAAAUAAUUAUAAAAUGCAAUCCAUUUAUGGUAGUAAUUCUUCUUCGUAUGCCAUCACAUGUGAUGGACAUGUGUUCAGUUGGGGAGACAAUAAAGUUCAUCAAUUGGGAUACAAAAUAAUCAAUGAGAAAGUAUUUAUACCUCGAAUGAUAUCAUCGAUCGCUAGUGUGAAAACAAUUGACAUUCAGGAAAAGAUAAUACCUACGCAAAACAAAUGUGAAAAUAAAAAGGAUUUCGAUUCAAAUGAUAAUUCAAGUGAUGGUAACUAUAAAACCCAAUUCAUUGAGAUGUCAGCCAUAGGUUCGGGCGGUUUUGGGACUGUAUUUAAAGUAAAGCAUAGAUUGGAUGAUAAGAUAUAUGCAAUUAAAAGAGUGGUGUAUGAAGAUUUUAGUGCAGAAAAAAGACUCACAGUUCUCAACGAAGUAAAACGUUUGUCAAAACUGGACUCAGAUUUUGUGGUUAAAUAUUAUCACUCAUGGCUUGAGUCUAAUAAUCUUUAUAUUCAAAUGGAGUUCUGCUCAGACAAUCUUAAGACAAUUCUUGAAAACAAAGCCAUUGUUUUCGAGAGACAACCGGAAAAUCAGAUGAAUAGUGUGUUCGAGUAUUUCAUUUCAUGUGAAAUAUUUAAAGAACUGUUAGAAUGCGUUCAAUAUUUACAUGAAUCGGUUCCGCCAGUCAUUCAUCGGGAUCUCAAACCCGAUAAUAUAUUAAUUGAUCCCAACUUUAGAUCCAAUCGGUUAAUAAAAUUGUGUGACUUUGGUUUAGCCAAAGAGAUCAACAUUCAUGGACACACAUCGAGCCGAUACGGCCAUACAUCAGGUGUGGGCACUAUUAAGUAUAUGUCUCCCGAAACACAUUUGGGUAAACAAUAUAACCAUAAAUCAGAUAUUUAUAGUCUCUAUGUUAUCGGCGAAGAGAUAAUUAAUAUCGAUCUUCAGGCAUCAGCAACUUUUGUUGCAAACGAUUCGGAAUUUAAGACAGCCUUACAGUGUAUUUAUCGGACACUUCUGGCAAUGAUGUCAACACCCUUUUGGAGACAAAGACCUGAGUGUCGGGAAGUGUUGGCUAACUAUAACGAUUGGAGUUGUAAAUCAUAG